AGGGAGGAGGCUCCAUUGGGGGAGAGCAACCUUCCUCACAAUCCGCACACAUUUCCACACAGGAGAGACUCCGGCUCAGUGCACUCCAACAUACCGUCUGCGGGCCCGGUGACACCGAACGCGAUAGCGCUAGAGAAGACAGAGCAGGCGUUAGGCACAGAUUUCCCUGGACAUUUUUUUAGAGGGGGGGCGCCCUUGUGUGUCCGACACUCGGCUGCGAAGGAUCUAAGUUGUUUCCCUGCGUCGAUUGUGGAAGAUGGUUUCCUUCCCGGUGAUCUCAGCUGUCCUGCUGGCUGCCGUGGUGCCAGCGCUGGGGGGCUACAUUGAGGCGCUGGCGGCCAACGCGGGCACCGGUUUCGCCGUGGCCGAGCCACAGGUGGCCAUGUUCUGCGGCAAGCUCAACAUGCACGUCAACAUCCAGACCGGCCGCUGGGAGCCUGACCCAUCCGGGACCAAGAGCUGCGUGGGAACCAAAGAGGGUGUGCUGCAGUACUGCCAGGAGAUGUACCCCGAGCUGCAGAUCACCAACGUGGUGGAGGCCAACCAGCCGCUGCGCAUCGAGAACUGGUGCAAAAAGGAGAAGAAGGUGUGCAAGGGCCACGCCCACAUCGUGGUACCUUACAAAUGCCUCGUGGGCGAGUUCGUGAGUGACGUGCUGCUGGUUCCGGAGAAGUGCCAGUUCUUCCACAAGGAGCGCAUGGACAUGUGUAUGAGCCACCAGCAGUGGCACAGCGUGGCCAAAGAGGCGUGCUCCAAGAGCUCCACGGUGCUGCACAGCUACGGCAUGCUGCUCCCAUGCGGCACCGACAAGUUCCAGGGCACCGAGUAUGUCUGCUGCCCCCCUUCCCGCUCGGGCCAGCCCGACACUCCCUCGCCCCCUGCCCAGGAGGAGGAAGACGACGAGGAGGAAGAGGAGGAGAUAGAGGACGAGGAGAUCGAUGAGGCAGACCUGGAUGAUGAAGAUGAGCUGAAGGAAAGCGAGGCUCCAGCUGACGAGCAGCCCACGCGGAAGGAGGAGUCGCUGGAUGAUGAAGAUGAAGAUGCAGAAGAUGAGGAGGAGGAGGAAUACCACUAUGUCUAUGAGGAUGAGGAGGCAGAUAAGGACGAUGACGACAAGCAAGAGAGCAGCAGAAUGUCAGACAGUGAAGAGGAGGACAAGACCCUCCAUGAAGUGAAAGCCGUGUGCACCCUGGAGGCGGAGACGGGCCCCUGCAGGGCCUCCAUGCCUCGCUGGCACUUCGACCUGAGCCAGAGGAAGUGCGUACGCUUCAUCUACGGAGGCUGCGCCGGCAACCGCAACAACUUUGACUCGGAGGAGUACUGCAUGGCCGUGUGCAAGCGCCUCACCACGCCCCCCACCCCUCAGCCCACCGACGACGUGGACAUCUACUUUGAGACGCCAGCCGACGACAAGGAGCACAGUCGCUUCCAGAGGGCCAAGGAGCAGCUGGAGAUCAGACACCGCAACCGCAUGGAGAGGGUGAGGAAGGAAUGGGAAGAGGCCGACCGCCAGGCCAAGAACCUCCCCAAGGCUGAGAGGCAGACUUUGGUUCAGCACUUCCAGGCCAUGGUGGAGUCCCUGGAGGAGGAGGCAGCCAGUGAGAAGCAGCAGCUGGUGGAGACCCACCUGGCCCGGGUGGAGGCCAUGCUGAACGACCGGCGCCGCCUCGCCUUGGAGAACUACCUGGCGGCCCUGCAGGCGGACCCCCCCAGGCCUCACCGCAUCCUGCAGGCUCUGAGACGCUACGUGCGUGCCGAGAACAAGGACCGCCAGCACACCAUCCGCCACUACCAGCACGUCCUGGCCGUGGACCCCGAGAAGGCUGCUCAGAUGAAGUCGCAGGUGAUGACCCACCUGCGUGUGAUCGAAGAGAGGAUGAACCAGAGCCUGUCUCUGCUCUACAAAGUCCCUUAUGUGGCCGAUGAGAUUCAGGAUGAAAUUGAUGAGUUGCUCCAGGAGCAGAAAGCCGACAUGGACCAGUUCCUGUCGUCCAUUUCCGAGUCCCAGCCCGACGUCACCGUGUCCUCAGAGGAGAGCGUGGAGGUGCCCGUGCCCGAGGUGAAGCCUUACCGGCCCAUCAAGGUCACGUCCCUUGGGUCCCAUCCAGAACCAGAAGGCGAUCUUUCUGGUCCUCCACGAGCCUUCAAGAAAGGCUCCGCCAUGUCCGGGCUGGACGGUCUGAUCGGCGCUGAGGAGAGAAUCAUCAACGGCAAACCCAAGAUGGGUCCCAGCGUGGUGAUUGAUGAGUCUCUGGAUGUAAAAGAAGUUGUUUACAGUGCAGAGCGAGUCCGCAUAAUGCAUGAUGAUGAGCUGGAGACCUACAGGCCUCUGGGCGAGGACUUCAGCUUCGGGAGCAGCGUUCUGAUUGGCCUGCUGGUGAUCGCGGUGGCCAUAGCGACCGUCAUCGUCAUCAGCCUGGUGCUGCUGAGGAAGAGGCAGUACGGCACCAUCAGCCACGGCAUUGUGGAGGUUGACCCCAUGCUGACCCCAGAGGAGCGCCACCUCAGCAAAAUGCAGAACCACGGCUACGAGAACCCCACCUACAAAUACCUGGAGCAGAUGCAGAUCUGAGCCGGAAGGGGGUUUGUGGGGCGGGUAUGAUGAAGGGAGGUGGGGGGUGUGGGGGUGGCGGCUGUGACCAUACUACUGACCAAUAAUAACGAUGCUGUUGUUCAACUCAUUUGCAUACAUCCCAUUUGUUGCAUAGCGCUACUACUGCUAUUCUCUUGUACCAUAGAGCUUUUGAUUUGACUUUGGACUCUGUCGGAUGGAGAUGUAUGACAUUUAUUUUACGCCCAAAAAGCUUUCUUCAUUUUUUUUUUUUUUAGAAGUCAAUCAGCUCGUUUUUAUUUUUUCACGUUUUUUAAUGAGGUUUUUUUUUUCCUCCAAAAAACAAAAUUGGUGUUUUUUCCUCUGUGAUAGGUUGCUUGUAUAUGAAAGUUCUUUGUACCAAUUAUACUGUAUAGUGACACAACUAACAAGGAUGAAAAGAGAUUAUACAUAUUAUAUAUACUAUUAUAUAGAGAUAUAUUUGCAGUCGACGGAGAGGAGGGUGUGCACAGGCCCCCAGCUCGACUCUCACGCCCUAUAAGGGCGGCAUUCUCCAACUUCCUUGCAAAAUUGAAUGUAAGCUGGAAUUCCCCUCCGCUCAAAAAACUGUGACACAGAUUUCGGCCUUUUUGGCGCCUGAAUAUACACUUAGCAUAUACACUUAGCAUUAGAAGCGACGUCUCACCCCAGCAGCUUUUCUGGAUACUUUUUAAGACGUGUGUCAAGUCCACACCUUAGGAGGAGAACUAAUAAGGUCUGGAUGAGCUGGAGGCCUGUGCAGAAAAGAAGAAUCCUAAAGUGGUCUUUUGUCUCUCUAGUCUUUGUAUAGUCGAUGUUACAAUCAUGGCUUUUCUUUCCUCGACCUUCGGAGGACCGUCUGUGCUGGUGUGCUUUGUUCUGAUUAUAAAAUGACGUGCUCUAUAUCUAUUUUUACCUUGCUUUUUCUAUUGCUUUCUUCCGAUAGCUGUGUACAUGUCGACUGUCUCACGGUGUACCCAAACUGCUUCUCAGUCUGGUGGUGGCCUGCUCUGCUGUGUGACAGAUACAAGAAACACACACACAUAUACAUACACGACUAAUAUACGCCGAUAUUAGUCAUCAAAGAUGAAAGUUUAGCAGACUUGUGGUUAUGGAGGAAGAUACACGUCAAUAAACUCACCAAUUCCACUUGGACGUGUCGUCUUUUCACAGAUGGAUGAUUCCAAAAAUGCAACUUCAUUCAUUCGUUCAUUUUCUACCGCUUUUCCUCACGAGGGUCGCAGGGGGUGCUGGAGCCUAUCCCAGCUGUCUUUGGGCGAGAGGCGGGGUACACCCUGGACUGGUCGCCAGCCAAUCACAGGGCACAUAUAGACAAACAACCAUUCACACUCACAUUCAUACCUAUGGACAAUUUGGAGUCGCCAAUUAACCUAGCAUGUUUUUGGAAUGUGGGAGGAAACCGGAGUAAAAAUGCAACUUAUUUACUCUUAUUUAGUUCAUUCAACUCAAAAAUGGUGUGUCUUCCUCACACACACCAAUUAGGAUCGAGCUGACCUUGUGGAGUCCAGUUUUUAACGAUGACAUUUUUGACAACCAUCAAAAUUCCGCCCCGUCUACAUUCUACAUCCUAGGCUAAGACAAUACAUCUGUCUAGUGAUUGUGAUUUGGCCUCCUUUUAGUCCAAGAGUUAGUUGGGAUAUGGCCCCUGGUUUGGGCCCAAAAUGGUCAGUCCAAAGCAAAACAGCGGCCUUCCUGUUUGUUUACAAACAUGAGUUCUUGAGACUAUUUUGUGCGCCCUGUCGUGGCAGACGUGUCUACCUAAUAUGGUGAUGAUCUGACAAACUGGUGACAGGUUUUUUUUUAACCUAACCAUUCACACUUAACAUGCAUGUUUUUGUGAUGUGGGGUUCUGCUCAAUAAUAUUACAUAAUAUGCGUUGUUUCAUCAAUAUCUGGUUUUUUAUUUCUUAACUUUAAACUAUCCCCAAAAAAUAAAAAAAAUGGUCUUGUUAGAUAGCUGGUUCAAUGAUAAACAAUAUAUAAAGAUAUUCAACAAACUCGUCGCCACAUGCUACAAACGGCUUGGAGGUUUUUAUGUGAAAACAUGAGACUGGAAAAUGUGGAAAAUAAUAAUAGUCCUCCCGCAAACAUUCGGGAUUUCCUGUGUGACCAAACUGAAACCUGGCGUGUCACGGUGGGGGGGGAGGUGAGUCAGCACAGGUGAAUCAUGCCUAAACUCGGAUCAAAUCUCAUAACCGAUACUGAAAAUAGAUCAGCCUCAACCGAACCAAUACUCGAUGCACAACAAAAACAGUACAAACAAGUCAAUUGUCAACUUAAUCGAUUAAAAUGUCGGGAAUGCAGUCAUCCGCACGGAAAAGUAGUCCGCCGUGUGUGUCUUGUGUUUUUUGCUUUUUUUUACAACUGUAUUCCAACACAUUGAAGUGUAAUCAUGUAUAUGUAUUUGGGAUGACUAAAUUAGUUGUUGUUUUUUAAAGCUAUUACAAAUGCUGUUUCGUCUGGCGGCGGCAGGUAAACAGGAAGUGCUAACUGCUGCGCGAGGCGGAGGCGUGGUCGAGGCCACAGAUACCUGAAGUUUCCGGUACGUUUUUCUUCUGUUCUUUCGUUUCCCUUCCUGGAAGCCAGUCGACACAUAGACAGUGGAACUUAACUUGUUGAGGUGGGGAAAAAUACUUCCAAGAAGGUUUUGUAAGGUUUUUGCAGCUUUCAUUUUUGUUGGGUGGACCCCUUUUGGUACACCUCGGAGAUUGGAAAGUCUGUUAUUGGAGGCGAAAGAACGGUGAAGUGAAGCUCAGGUGUCUUCAUUUCCGCACUCGUUCCACUUUGACCCCUCCUUGAUGGACUACAUGGACAGCGGCCUGAGGUACACACCAACCCAG